AAUUAGGAGCCGAGGCACCAGGCUCGCUCUCACCCAGUGCUGGUCAGGAGGGAAGACUGGAGAGGCUUUGCUCCUAAGGAUAUUUACUAGAUGUUGCUGGUCUGAAGAAAUAGAGAGAAAAAAGCCACAAGAACUGAAAAAAAACCCCCAGAGCAUCUGUAUAGGCUAAUGCUGGGAAGACAGAAAUUGCCUCAUUAACCUAAGUGAGUGGGGGAGAGACAGAAGAAUACCCUCAAAAUGGAGGAAGAAGAAUAUGAGGAAGUUGUGGAGUACUACAUUGAAGAGACAAUUAUUGAGGAGGGUGAACCACAUGAGGUGGUCACUGAGAUUACUGAGACCUUUAGCACAGACUUCACAGGUCCCAAAACUGUCACCUAUACUGUUGAGCAUGAAAAACCUUCUGUUGAGGAUGCAGCACCUCCAGUCAGAAAGAAGAUCAUACGGACAAAAGUGGACCCAUCUAAGUUUUUGACACCAUAUCUGCAACACAGCAAUAAAAUGAAGGACCUAUUCAGUGAGAACAAGUACAAAGAAAAAUUUAGAAAAGAAAAAGGAAAGCCAUAUGCUUCCACAAUUGAUACCCCAGAAAUUCGGAGAAUCAAGAAAGUGCAAGACCAGCUCAGUGAGGUUAAAUACCGCAUGGCUGGUGAAAUUGCUAGAACUAUUUGCCAUGUUGAUGAAAAGGCCAAAGAUAUAGAACACGCAAAGAAGGUGUCACAGCAAGUGAGCAAGGUAUUAUAUAAACAGAACUGGGAGGAGAAUAAGGACAAGUACCUGCUUCCCCCUGAUGCUCCAGAGCUUGUGAAUGCAAUAAAAAACACAGCAAUGUUCAGUAAGAAACUCUAUACUGAAGACUGGGAAGGAGACAAAACGUUAUUCUAUCCGUACAAUGACAGUCCAGAGCUCAGAAGGGUGGCACAGGCUCAAAAGGCUCUGAGUGAUAUUGUCUACAAAAAAGGGCAUGAUGAACGAAAAUCUAAAUAUACUUCUCUGCCAGAUCCACCUGACGUGGAACAAGCCAAGAAAGUAACAAGGCAGCUAAGUGAUAUUAUUUACCACGAGGACUAUAAAAACAAGAUCAAAGGCAAGUGGAGUCAAACUCCAUGCUAUGAUGUCGCAGUUGCGAAAAUGAAUGCAGAAAAUAUAAGUACGAGAAAAUACCAGGAAGACUUUGAAAACAUUAAAGACCAAAUCUACUUUAUGCAGACUGAAACUCCAGAAUAUGAAGCUAAUAAGCGAGUUUCCAAUAACGUCAGUAAGGUAAAAUACAGAGCAGACUAUGAAAAGAACAAAGCUAUUGCAGAUUAUAAUGUGCUUCCUGCUACAGAGAACCCAUUGCUGAGGCAAUUAAAAGCUGCAGGAAAUGUGCUGAGUGAUAAAUUAUACAAAGAAGCCUAUGAACAAUCAAAAGGAACCAGCAUGAAUUACUGUGACACACCGAAGUUCCAGACUGAUACUGUUCUGAAGAAUUUUAGCGAUGUAAAAUAUAAGGAUGCAUAUCAAAAGAAUAUUUUAGGACACUAUUUGGGCAGCUUUGAGGACCCACAUCAUACACACUGCAUGAAAGUUGAAGCUAUGAAGAGUGAUAAAAAUUACAAAGCAGAUUAUGAGGAGGAAAAGACAAAAUGCUACUUCCCUCAGACCAUCACUCAAGAGUACGAAGCUAUUAAGAAGUUAGAGCAGUGUAAAGAUCACACCUACAAAAAGCAUCCUGAUCAAACCAAAUUUACUCAAGUGGCUGACUCUCCAGUACAGAAGCAAGCUGAGAUCAAUAGCAAACAGCUGAGUGAUAUAAUGUAUCGAUCCAAAGGUGAAGAAAUUAUUCACAAGUACCACCUCCCUCCAGAUGUGCCCCAGUUUAUACAGGCUAAAGUUAAUGCCUACAAUAUCAGUGAUAACUAUUACAAAACAGGAUUGGAAGAAUUAAAAUCAAGGGGAUAUGAUCUAAAAAGUGAUGCUAUACCUAUUCGAGCUGCCAAGGCUGCUAGGCAGGCUGCCAGUGAUGUUAACUAUAAAAAAGGCUAUGAACUUGCCAAGGGUAAACUUGUUGGCUUCAAGAGCCUCCAAGAUGAUCCCAAACUCGUUCAUUAUAUGAAGGUAGCCAAGAUGCAGUCUGAGCGAGAGUACAAGAAAGAUUAUGAGAAAACAAAAACUAAGUACAACAUUCCACUGGAUAUGGUCAAUGUUGUUGGUGCCAAGAAGGCUCAAGAGAUUGCCAGCAAUACUAAUUACAAGAACCUCCUCCACCACUAUACAUACUUACCAGAUGCAAUGAAUGUGGAGCUGACCAAAAAUAUGAUGGAGAUUCAGAGUGAUAAUGCAUACAAAGCAGAUUAUAACAACUGGAUGAAAGGCAUUGGUUGGAUCCCCAUUGGCUCGCUAGAUGUAGAAAAAGCUAAAAAAGCUGGAGAUGCCUUGAAUGAAAAGAAAUAUCGUCAGCAUCCGGACACCAUUAAAUUUACAAGUGUGGUGGACUCUCCGGUAAUGGUCCAAGCCAAACAGAAUUCAGUUCAACUCAAUGAUAAACUGUACAGAUCUUCUGGAGAGGAAGUUAAACAUAAAUAUACUCUUACCCCAGAUGUCCCACAGUUUAUCCAAGCUAGAUACAAUGCAGCUAACGUCAGUGAUGCAUAUUAUAAACAAGGCUACCAUGAUCUAAUAGCAAAAGGGAACAAUGUGUCACUUGAUGCUAUUCCAAUUACUUUAGCCAAGGCUUCAAGAGACAUUGCUAGUGAUUAUAAAUAUAAAGAAGCAUAUGAAAAGGCUAAAGGAAGACAGGUUGGUUUCAGAAGCCUGCAAGAUGACCCUAAGCUUGUCCACUACAUGAAUGUAGCAAAGAUUCAGUCUGAGCGUGAGUACAAGAAAGACUAUGAGAAGACCAAGACUAACUAUCAUACACCUCCUGACAUGUACAGUAUCCAGGCUGCUAAACAGUCUCAGGAUGUGGCUUCUAAUGCCCACUACAAAAAUCUGAUCCAUCACUACACUUACCUGCCAGAUGCCAUGGAUGUUGAGCUUGCAAAGAACAUGAUGCAAAUUCAGAGUGAUAAUGCGUACAAACAAGAGUAUAACAGCUGGUUCAAGGGUAUUGGAUGGAGUCCUCUUGGUUCUCUGGAUGUUGAAAAAGCUAAAAAGGCUGGAGAUGCCUUAAAUGAAAAGAAAUACCGUCAGCACCCAGACACCAUCAAAUUUACAAGUAUACCAGAUUCAAUACCAAUGGUUUUAGCUCAGCACAACACCAAGCAACUGAGUGAUGUAGCAUAUAAGCAAGAAGGUGAAAAAGUAAAACACAAAUACACCCUGGAUCCUGAUGUUCCUCAGUUUAUUCAAGCCAGAGUCAAUGCCUUCAAUUUGAGUGAUGCUAACUACAAAGCAGACUGGAAGAAAACCAUUGCCAAAGGAUAUGAUCUGAAACCAGAUGCCAUUCCUAUUAUUGCUGCUAAAGCUUCUCGAAAUAUUGCUAGUGAUUACAAGUACAAGGAAUCAUACGAGAAAGAUAAAGGCAAACAGGUUGGAUACCGUAGCCUGCAGGAUGAUCCUAAACUUGUUCAUUACAUGAAUGUGGCCAAAAUGCAAUCAGAUCGUGAAUACAAGAAGGAUUACGAAGUCACCAAGACCAGAUAUCAUACUCCUUUGGAUAUGUUCAGCGUGACGGCUGCCAAGAAAGCCCAGGAAGCAGUUACAAAUGCUGGCUAUAAGCAACCAAUUCACAAUUAUACACUCUUGCCUGAUUCUCUGAAUCUGGAGCUAUCAAGAAAUGUGAUGCAGCUUCAGAGUGAUAAUGUGUACAAAGCAGACUUUAAUAACUGGUUGAAAGGAGUUGGCUGGAUACCAGCUCAGUCACUGGAUGUAGAAAAGGCCAAAAAAGCUACAGAGAUUCUCAGUGAAAAGAAGUAUCGCCAACACCCUGACAAGCUGAAGUAUUCUAUUACAAUGGAUGCAAUGGAACAAGUGCUAGCUAAGCAAAAUGCCAAGACCAUGAAUAAGAGGCUCUACACCGAUAAAUGGAACAAAGAGAAGACCAGCAUUCAUGUUAUGCCAGAUACUCCAGAAAUUCUGCAGUCUAGAGUGAACCAGAUCACCAUGAGUAAUAAACUUUACAAAGCUGGAUGGGAGGAAGAAAAGAAGAAAGGUUAUGACAUGCAGCCAGAUGCUAUUCCAAUAAAGGCAGCCAAAGCCUCCAGAGACAUUGCAAGUGAUUAUAAAUACAAACUAGCCUACGAAAAAGAGAAAGGAAAACAUAUUGGGUUCCGCAGCCUUGAAGAUGACCCCAAGCUGGUGCACUUCAUGCAGGUGGCUAAAAUGCAAUCUGAUCGUGAAUACAGAAAAGAUUAUGAGAAGGCAAAGACUAAUUUCCAUACUCCGGUUGACAUGGUCAGUGUCGUGGCAGCCAAGAAAGCACAGGAAGUGGCUACAAAUGCAAACUACAAAAACUUGAUCCAUACCUACAAUGUUUUACCUGACGCUAUGAGUCUUGAAUUAGCCAAAAACAUGAUGCAGAUACAAAGUGAUAAUCAGUACAGAGCAGAAUAUGAUGAAAGUAUGAAGGGUGUUGGGUGGAUGCCACUGGGCUCCCUGGAAGCUGAGAAAAACAAAAAAGCGAUGGAAAUUGUUAGUGAAAAGAAGUAUCGCCAGCAUCCAGACAAGUUGAAGUAUUCUGUUCCUAUGGAUUCCAUGAACAUGGUCUUAGCUUUAAAUAAUGCUAAAAUCAUGGAUGAGCACAAGUACAAACAAGCGUGGGAAGAAGACAAAAAGAAAGUUCACAUCACACCAGAUAUUCCACAGAUUGCUUUAGCAAAAGCUAAUGCAUUUAAUUUAAGUGAUAAAAUGUACAGACUUUCAUUUGAAGAAUCUAGGAAGAAAGGAUAUGAUCUCAGAGCUGAUGCUAUCCCUAUUAAAGCUGCCAAAGCUUCUAGGGAUAUUGCUAGUGAUUAUAAAUACAAAUUAGGUUAUGAACAAGACAAGGGCAAACUUGUAGGCUUCCGCAGCCUGCAGGAUGAUCCCAAACUUGUCCAUUAUAUGCAAGUGGCUAAGAUGCAGUCUGAUCGUGAAUAUAAGAAAGCUUAUGAGAUGAGCAAGACCCAUUACCAAACACCUUCUGAUACCCUCAGCAUUGUGGCAGCUAAGGAGGCACAAGAUCGUGUAACCAAUACUAACUACAAGCGACUGAUUCACCAAUAUAUGCUUCUACCAGAUGCAAUGAGUUUAGAACUGUACAGAAACAUGAAUCAGAUACAAAGUGACAAUGAGUACAAGCAGGACUACAAGGAGUGGUUCAGAGGUAUCGGUUGGAGUCCUGUUGGUUCUCUGGAUGUGGAGAAAUCUAAGAAAGCCACAGAAAUUGCAAGUGAUCAGAAAUACCGCCAGCAUCCCAGCAUGUUCCCCUUUACAAAACAGAAUGAUGCCAUGGACAUGGUCCUUGCAAAGCAGAAUGCAAAUAUAAUGAACAAACAUGCUUAUACUCAAGCUUGGGAGAAGGAUAAAACUCAGGUUCAUGUGAUGCCUGAUACACCAGAUAUUCUACAGGCAAAACAGAACAAGGCGAACUACAGUCAGAAACUGUACAAGCUUGGCUGGGAGGAAAUGAUAAAGAAAGGCUAUGACCUCACACCUGAAGCCAUUUCAGUGAAAGCUGCCAAAGCUUCAAGGGACAUUGCAAGUGACUACAAGUACAAAGAAGGUUACCGCAAGCAGCAGGGACAUCACAUCGGAUUCCGCAGCCUACAGGAUGAUCCUAAGAUGUUGUGGUCUAUGCAAGUAGCUAAGAUGCAGAGUGAGAGGGAGUACAAGAAAGAUUUUGAAAAAUGGAAGACAAAGUUUAAUAUGCCUGUGGAUAUGCUAGGCUUCCUUCUGGCUAAGAAAUGUCAGGAACUGGUUAGUGAUAUAGACUACAAACAGAUGCUACAUCGCUGGACUUGUCUGCCAGACCAGAAUGAUGUCACCCAGGCGAAGAGAGUCUAUGAACUACAGAGUGAUAAUGUGUAUAAGUCAGAUCUACAAUGGCUCAGAGGCCUUGGGUGGAGUCCUUUGGGAUCUUUGGAAUCUGAAAAGAACAGGAAAGCUUCUGAAAUACUGAGUGAAAAGAAGUACCGGCAGCACCCAGAUACUAUUAAGUUCACAAGUAUCCCAGAUGCCAUGGAUAUCAUUUUAGCAAAAUCUAAUGCCAAAAACAGAAGUGAUAUACUGUAUAGAGAAGCCUGGGACAAGGACAAGACUCAGGUUCACAUCAUGCCUGAUACUCCUGAAAUUUUGCUGGCUAAGUCAAACUUAAUUAACACAAGUGAUAAACAUUACAAGUUAGGAUAUGAAGAGCUGAAGAGGAAAGGCUACGAUCUUCCUCCUGAUGCUAUACCCCUCAAAUCGGCAAAAGCAUCCAGAGACAUAGCUAGUGAAUAUCAAUACAAAACUGCAUACCGAAAGCAGCUUGGCCACCAUAUUGGAGCCCGUAACAUAGAGGAUGAUCCGAAGAUGAUGUGGUCGAUGCACGUAGCCAAGAUCCAGAGUGACAGGGAGUACAAGAAAGCCUUUGAGAAGACAAAGACACACUUCAGUAGCCCAGUGGACAUGCUGGGAAUCGUGUUGGCGAAGAAAUGUCAGGAGUUGGUGAGCGACAUUGAUUACAAGCACUCUCUGCAUCGGUGGACCUGUCUGCCGGACCAGAACGAUGUUGUACAAGCCAGGAAAGUGUACGACCUUCAGAGUGAUAACGUGUACAAGUCCGACCUCCUGUGGCUGAGGGGCAUUGGCUGGUCCCCAAGUGGUUCCCUGGACGAUGAGAAGAAUAAGAGGGCGAGCCUCAUCCUGAGUGACAAGAAGUAUCGGCAGCACCCGGACACCAUCAAAUUCACGAGCCUUCCUGACUCGAUGCCUAUGGUUCUGGCAAAGCACAACUCUGACAUUAUGAACCAACGUUCCUACGUAUCAGCCUGGGAGAAGGAUAAAACCAGUGUUCACAUUAUGCCGGAUACACCUGGCAUUUUGCUGGCCCAGCAGAACCAAGCGAACCUCAGCGAGAAACUGUACAAGCUUGCGCUGGAGGAAGAGAAGAAAAAGGGCUACGACAUGCGGGCUGAUGCCAUUCCUAUCAGGUCUGCUAAAGCUUCCCGAGACAUUGCCAGUGACUACAGGUAUAAGGAAGGCUAUCGCAAGCAGCUUGGCCACCAUAUCGGAGCCCGUAACAUAGAGGAUGAUCCGAAGAUGAUGUGGUCGAUGCACGUAGCCAAGAUCCAGAGUGACAGGGAGUACAAGAAAGCCUUUGAGAAGACAAAGACACACUUCAGUAGCCCAGUGGACAUGCUGGGAAUCGUGUUGGCGAAGAAAUGUCAGGAGUUGGUGAGCGACAUUGAUUACAAGCACUCUCUGCAUCGGUGGACCUGUCUGCCGGACCAGAACGAUGUUGUACAAGCCAGGAAAGUGUACGACCUUCAGAGUGAUAACGUGUACAAGUCCGACCUCCUGUGGCUGAGGGGCAUUGGCUGGUCCCCAAGUGGUUCCCUGGACGAUGAGAAGAAUAAGAGGGCGAGCCUCAUCCUGAGUGACAAGAAGUAUCGGCAGCACCCGGACACCAUCAAAUUCACGAGCCUUCCUGACUCGAUGCCUAUGGUUCUGGCAAAGCACAACUCUGACAUUAUGAACCAACGUUCCUACGUAUCAGCCUGGGAGAAGGAUAAAACCAGUGUUCACAUUAUGCCGGAUACACCUGGCAUUUUGCUGGCCCAGCAGAACCAAGCGAACCUCAGCGAGAAACUGUACAAGCUUGCGCUGGAGGAAGAGAAGAAAAAGGGCUACGACAUGCGGGCUGAUGCCAUUCCUAUCAGGUCUGCUAAAGCUUCCCGAGACAUUGCCAGUGACUACAGGUAUAAGGAAGGCUAUCGCAAGCAGCUUGGCCACCAUAUCGGAGCCCGUAACAUAGAGGAUGAUCCGAAGAUGAUGUGGUCGAUGCACGUAGCCAAGAUCCAGAGUGACAGGGAGUACAAGAAAGCCUUUGAGAAGACAAAGACACACUUCAGUAGCCCAGUGGACAUGCUGGGAAUCGUGUUGGCGAAGAAAUGUCAGGAGUUGGUGAGCGACAUUGAUUACAAGCACUCUCUGCAUCGGUGGACCUGUCUGCCGGACCAGAACGAUGUUGUACAAGCCAGGAAAGUGUACGACCUUCAGAGUGAUAACGUGUACAAGUCCGACCUCCUGUGGCUGAGGGGCAUUGGCUGGUCCCCAAGUGGUUCCCUGGACGAUGAGAAGAAUAAGAGGGCGAGCCUCAUCCUGAGUGACAAGAAGUAUCGGCAGCACCCGGACACCAUCAAAUUCACGAGCCUUCCUGACUCGAUGCCUAUGGUUCUGGCAAAGCACAACUCUGACAUUAUGAACCAACGUUCCUACGUAUCAGCCUGGGAGAAGGAUAAAACCAGUGUUCACAUUAUGCCGGAUACACCUGGCAUUUUGCUGGCCCAGCAGAACCAAGCGAACCUCAGCGAGAAACUGUACAAGCUUGCGCUGGAGGAAGAGAAGAAAAAGGGCUACGACAUGCGGGCUGAUGCCAUUCCUAUCAGGUCUGCUAAAGCUUCCCGAGACAUUGCCAGUGACUACAGGUAUAAGGAAGGCUAUCGCAAGCAGCUUGGCCACCAUAUCGGAGCCCGUAACAUAGAGGAUGAUCCGAAGAUGAUGUGGUCGAUGCACGUAGCCAAGAUCCAGAGUGACAGGGAGUACAAGAAAGCCUUUGAGAAGACAAAGACACACUUCAGUAGCCCAGUGGACAUGCUGGGAAUCGUGUUGGCGAAGAAAUGUCAGGAGUUGGUGAGCGACAUUGAUUACAAGCACUCUCUGCAUCGGUGGACCUGUCUGCCGGACCAGAACGAUGUUGUACAAGCCAGGAAAGUGUACGACCUUCAGAGUGAUAACGUGUACAAGUCCGACCUCCUGUGGCUGAGGGGCAUUGGCUGGUCCCCAAGUGGUUCCCUGGACGAUGAGAAGAAUAAGAGGGCGAGCCUCAUCCUGAGUGACAAGAAGUAUCGGCAGCACCCGGACACCAUCAAAUUCACGAGCCUUCCUGACUCGAUGCCUAUGGUUCUGGCAAAGCACAACUCUGACAUUAUGAACCAACGUUCCUACGUAUCAGCCUGGGAGAAGGAUAAAACCAGUGUUCACAUUAUGCCGGAUACACCUGGCAUUUUGCUGGCCCAGCAGAACCAAGCGAACCUCAGCGAGAAACUGUACAAGCUUGCGCUGGAGGAAGAGAAGAAAAAGGGCUACGACAUGCGGGCUGAUGCCAUUCCUAUCAGGUCUGCUAAAGCUUCCCGAGACAUUGCCAGUGACUACAGGUAUAAGGAAGGCUAUCGCAAGCAGCUUGGCCACCAUAUCGGAGCCCGUAACAUAGAGGAUGAUCCGAAGAUGAUGUGGUCGAUGCACGUAGCCAAGAUCCAGAGUGACAGGGAGUACAAGAAAGCCUUUGAGAAGACAAAGACACACUUCAGUAGCCCAGUGGACAUGCUGGGAAUCGUGUUGGCGAAGAAAUGUCAGGAGUUGGUGAGCGACAUUGAUUACAAGCACUCUCUGCAUCGGUGGACCUGUCUGCCGGACCAGAACGAUGUUGUACAAGCCAGGAAAGUGUACGACCUUCAGAGUGAUAACGUGUACAAGUCCGACCUCCUGUGGCUGAGGGGCAUUGGCUGGUCCCCAAGUGGUUCCCUGGACGAUGAGAAGAAUAAGAGGGCGAGCCUCAUCCUGAGUGACAAGAAGUAUCGGCAGCACCCGGACACCAUCAAAUUCACGAGCCUUCCUGACUCGAUGCCUAUGGUUCUGGCAAAGCACAACUCUGACAUUAUGAACCAACGUUCCUACGUAUCAGCCUGGGAGAAGGAUAAAACCAGUGUUCACAUUAUGCCGGAUACACCUGGCAUUUUGCUGGCCCAGCAGAACCAAGCGAACCUCAGCGAGAAACUGUACAAGCUUGCGCUGGAGGAAGAGAAGAAAAAGGGCUACGACAUGCGGGCUGAUGCCAUUCCUAUCAGGUCUGCUAAAGCUUCCCGAGACAUUGCCAGUGACUACAGGUAUAAGGAAGGCUAUCGCAAGCAGCUUGGCCACCAUAUCGGAGCCCGUAACAUAGAGGAUGAUCCGAAGAUGAUGUGGUCGAUGCACGUAGCCAAGAUCCAGAGUGACAGGGAGUACAAGAAAGCCUUUGAGAAGACAAAGACACACUUCAGUAGCCCAGUGGACAUGCUGGGAAUCGUGUUGGCGAAGAAAUGUCAGGAGUUGGUGAGCGACAUUGAUUACAAGCACUCUCUGCAUCGGUGGACCUGUCUGCCGGACCAGAACGAUGUUGUACAAGCCAGGAAAGUGUACGACCUUCAGAGUGAUAACGUGUACAAGUCCGACCUCCUGUGGCUGAGGGGCAUUGGCUGGUCCCCAAGUGGUUCCCUGGACGAUGAGAAGAAUAAGAGGGCGAGCCUCAUCCUGAGUGACAAGAAGUAUCGGCAGCACCCGGACACCAUCAAAUUCACGAGCCUUCCUGACUCGAUGCCUAUGGUUCUGGCAAAGCACAACUCUGACAUUAUGAACCAACGUUCCUACGUAUCAGCCUGGGAGAAGGAUAAAACCAGUGUUCACAUUAUGCCGGAUACACCUGGCAUUUUGCUGGCCCAGCAGAACCAAGCGAACCUCAGCGAGAAACUGUACAAGCUUGCGCUGGAGGAAGAGAAGAAAAAGGGCUACGACAUGCGGGCUGAUGCCAUUCCUAUCAGGUCUGCUAAAGCUUCCCGAGACAUUGCCAGUGACUACAAAUACAAAGAAGGCUAUCGCAAGCAGCUUGGCCACCAUAUUGGAGCCCGUAACAUAGAGGAUGAUCCGAAGAUGAUGUGGUCGAUGCACGUAGCCAAGAUCCAGAGUGACAGGGAGUACAAGAAAGCCUUUGAGAAGACAAAGACACACUUCAGUAGCCCAGUGGACAUGCUGGGAAUCGUGUUGGCGAAGAAAUGUCAGGAGUUGGUGAGCGACAUUGAUUACAAGCACUAUCUGCAUCAGUGGAUCUGUCUGCCGGACCAGAAUGAUGUUAUCCACGCUAAGAAGGCCUAUGAUCUACAGAGUGAUAAUUGCUACAAGUCUGACCUUGAAUGGUUGCGGGGCAUUGGUUGGGUCCCAAUUGGUUCCUUGGAAGUUGAAAAAGCCAAGAAGGCUGGAGAGAUCUUGAGUGAUAAAAUAUACCGUCAGCCUCCAGACACAAUCAAGUUUACUAGCGUCACUGAUUCUCUAGAGAUGGUCUUAGCGAAGCAGAAUGCGGAGACGAUGAAUAAGCGUUUAUACACUGAAGCAUGGAAUAAAGAUAAGACCAUGGUUCAUGUCAUGCCUGACACACCUGAGAUCCUGCUAGCUAAACAAAACCAAUUAAACUAUAGUCAGAAAAUGUACAAACUAGCUUUGGAGGAAUCGAAGAAGAAGGGUCAUGAUUUGCGUUUUGAUGCCAUUCCUAUUCAAGCUGCCAGAGCAUCCAGAGAGAUCGCCAGUGAUUACAAAUACAAAGAAGGCUAUCGCAAGCAGCUUGGCCACCAUAUUGGAGCCCGUAACAUAGAGGAUGAUCCGAAGAUGAUGUGGUCGAUGCACGUAGCCAAGAUCCAGAGUGACAGGGAGUACAAGAAAGCCUUUGAGAAGACAAAGACACACUUCAGUAGCCCAGUGGACAUGCUGGGAAUCGUGUUGGCGAAGAAAUGUCAGGAGUUGGUGAGCGACAUUGAUUACAAGCACUAUCUGCAUCAGUGGAUCUGUCUGCCGGACCAGAAUGAUGUUAUCCACGCUAAGAAGGCCUAUGAUCUACAGAGUGACGCGGUUUACAAAUCAGACCUGGAAUGGCUAAGAGGUAUUGGAUGGGUUCCUAUUGGUUCCAUGGAAGUUGAGAAAGCUAAGAAAGCUGGAGAAAUCCUGAGUGAAAGGAAGUAUCGUCAGCCAGCAGACCAAAUUAAAUUUACUAGUGUGACAGAUUCUUUGGCCAUGGUCUUAGCCAAGCAAAACGCUGAGAUAAUGAACAAGCGUUUAUACACAGAAGCCUGGGAUGCAGACAAAACAUCGAUUCAUGUCAUGCCUGAUACACCAACAAUUUUGUUAGCGAAGGCCAAUGCAGCUAAUGUUAGCCAUAAACUUUAUGUACAAGCCUGGGAAGAGGCCAAACAGAAGGGUUAUGACAUGAGAGCUGAUGCAAUUCCAAUCCGAAGUGCGAAGGCAUCAAGAGAUAUUGCGAGUGACUACAAGUACAAAGAAACGCACGAGAAGCAGAAAGGCCACUACAUUGGGUGCCGCACCGCCAAGGAGGAUCCCAAACUGUCGUGGGCUGCGCGUGCCAUGUUGCUGCAGAACGACCGACUUUACAGGAAGGCGUACCAUGAUUCCAAGGCCCACAUCCACAUCCCAGUCGAUGCGAUGUCAGUGCAGGCAGCCAAGGAGUGCCAGACGCUAGUCAGCGAUGUUGACUACCGCCACUACCUUCACCAGUGGACCUGCCUGCCUGACCAGAACGACGUGAUCCAUGCAAGGAAGGCCUACGAUCUACAGAGCGAUAAUGUGUACAAGUCAGACCUAGAAUGGUUGCGAGGCAUCGGCUGGUUGACAGAAGGUUCUGUGGAUGUGGUCAAAGCAAAGAGAGCCCAGGAACUCCUGAACGAGAAGUUGUACCGCACGCGGCCAGAGGACAUGAAAUUCACCAGCAUUACUGACACGCCAGACGUCGUCCAGGCUAAGAUCAAUGCUUUGCAGAUCAGUGACCAUCUGUAUCGUGAAGCCUGGGAUAGAGAUAAGACGCAGAUUUCCAUACCUUCCGAUACUCCUGUAAUGCUGCAGUCCAAAGUCAAUGCGGUCAACAUCAGCAAUAAACAGUAUCAGAAGGCCUGGGAUGAGGCCAAGUCGAAAAGCUAUGACAUACGAGCUGAUGCCAUUCCCAUCAAACACGCCAAGGCUUCCAGAGACAUUGCUAGUGAGUACAAGUACAAAGAAACGCACGAGAAGCAGAAAGGCCACUACAUUGGGUGCCGCACCGCCAAGGAGGAUCCCAAACUGUCGUGGGCUGCGCGUGCCAUGUUGCUGCAGAACGACCGACUUUACAGGAAGGCGUACCAUGAUUCCAAGGCCCACAUCCACAUCCCAGUCGAUGCGAUGUCAGUGCAGGCAGCCAAGGAGUGCCAGACGCUAGUCAGCGAUGUUGACUACCGCCACUACCUUCACCAGUGGACCUGCCUGCCUGACCAGAACGACGUGAUCCAUGCAAGGAAGGCCUACGAUCUACAGAGCGAUAAUGUGUACAAGUCAGACCUGGAAUGGUUGCGAGGCAUCGGCUGGGUGGCAGAAGGUUCUGUGGAUGUGGUCAAAGCAAAGAGAGCCCAGGAACUCCUGAACGAGAAGUUGUACCGCACGCGGCCAGAGGACAUGAAAUUCACCAGCAUUACUGACACGCCAGACGUCGUCCAGGCUAAGAUCAAUGCUUUGCAGAUCAGUGACCAUCUGUAUCGUGAAGCCUGGGAUAGAGAUAAGACGCAGAUUUCCAUACCUUCCGAUACUCCUGUAAUGCUGCAGUCCAAAGUCAAUGCGGUCAACAUCAGCAAUAAACAGUAUCAGAAGGCCUGGGAUGAGGCCAAGUCGAAAAGCUAUGACAUACGAGCUGAUGCCAUUCCCAUCAAACACGCCAAGGCUUCCAGAGACAUUGCUAGUGAGUACAAGUACAAAGAAACGCACGAGAAGCAGAAAGGCCACUACAUUGGGUGCCGCACCGCCAAGGAGGAUCCCAAACUGUCGUGGGCUGCGCGUGCCAUGUUGCUGCAGAACGACCGACUUUACAGGAAGGCGUACCAUGAUUCCAAGGCCCACAUCCACAUCCCAGUCGAUGCGAUGUCAGUGCAGGCAGCCAAGGAGUGCCAGACGCUAGUCAGCGAUGUUGACUACCGCCACUACCUUCACCAGUGGACCUGCCUGCCUGACCAGAACGACGUGAUCCAUGCAAGGAAGGCCUACGAUCUACAGAGCGAUAAUGUGUACAAGUCAGACCUAGAAUGGUUGCGAGGCAUCGGCUGGGUGGCAGAAGGUUCUGUGGAUGUGGUCAAAGCAAAGAGAGCCCAGGAACUCCUGAACGAGAAGUUGUACCGCACGCGGCCAGAGGACAUGAAAUUCACCAGCAUUACUGACACGCCAGACGUCGUCCAGGCUAAGAUCAAUGCUUUGCAGAUCAGUGACCAUCUGUAUCGUGAAGCCUGGGAUAGAGAUAAGACGCAGAUUUCCAUACCUUCCGAUACUCCUGUAAUGCUGCAGUCCAAAGUCAAUGCGGUCAACAUCAGCAAUAAACAGUAUCAGAAGGCCUGGGAUGAGGCCAAGUCGAAAAGCUAUGACAUACGAGCUGAUGCCAUUCCCAUCAAACACGCCAAGGCUUCCAGAGACAUUGCUAGUGAGUACAAGUACAAAGAAACGCACGAGAAGCAGAAAGGCCACUACAUUGGGUGCCGCACCGCCAAGGAGGAUCCCAAACUGUCGUGGGCUGCGCGUGCCAUGUUGCUGCAGAACGACCGACUUUACAGGAAGGCGUACCAUGAUUCCAAGGCCCACAUCCACAUCCCAGUCGAUGCGAUGUCAGUGCAGGCAGCCAAGGAGUGCCAGACGCUAGUCAGCGAUGUUGACUACCGCCACUACCUUCACCAGUGGACCUGCCUGCCUGACCAGAACGACGUGAUCCAUGCAAGGAAGGCCUACGAUCUACAGAGCGAUAAUGUGUACAAGUCAGACCUAGAAUGGUUGCGAGGCAUCGGCUGGUUGACAGAAGGUUCUGUGGAUGUGGUCAAAGCAAAGAGAGCCCAGGAACUCCUGAACGAGAAGUUGUACCGCACGCGGCCGGAGGACAUGAAAUUCACCAGCAUUACUGACACGCCAGACGUCGUCCAGGCUAAGAUCAAUGCUUUGCAGAUCAGUGACCAUCUGUAUCGUGAAGCCUGGGAUAGAGAUAAGACGCAGAUUUCCAUACCUUCCGAUACUCCUGUAAUGCUGCAGUCCAAAGUCAAUGCGGUCAACAUCAGCAAUAAACAGUAUCAGAAGGCCUGGGAUGAGGCCAAGUCGAAAAGCUAUGACAUACGAGCUGAUGCCAUUCCCAUCAAACACGCCAAGGCUUCCAGAGACAUUGCUAGUGAGUACAAGUACAAAGAAACGCACGAGAAGCAGAAAGGCCACUACAUUGGGUGCCGUACCGCCAAGGAGGAUCCCAAACUGUCGUGGGCUGCGCGUGCCAUGUUGCUGCAGAACGACCGACUUUACAGGAAGGCGUACCAUGAUUCCAAGGCCCACAUCCACAUCCCAGUCGAUGCGAUGUCAGUGCAGGCAGCCAAGGAGUGCCAGACGCUAGUCAGCGAUGUUGACUACCGCCACUACCUUCACCAGUGGACCUGCCUGCCUGACCAGAACGACGUGAUCCAUGCAAGGAAGGCCUACGAUCUACAGAGCGAUGCUGUCUAUAAGUCAGACCUAGAGUGGCUCCGUGGAAUUGGCUGGUUGCCUAAUGACUCUCCGGAUGUUAAGAGAGUGAAGCAUGCCCAGGAUCUCCUGAGUGACCAUGUCUAUCGUACACCUAUCGAAAGCCUGAAAUACAGCAGUGUUGUUGAUUCUCCAGACGUUCUUCUAGCUAAAGUGAAUGCCGAACAAGUCAGCAUUCCAAAAUACAAAGAAGCCUGGGAAAAGGACAAGACUAUGAUCCAUGUUACACCAGACACACCUGAACUCAACCUAGCCAAGACUAAUGCUGUUAAUUAUAGCCAGAAACUGUAUAAAGAAGCUUGGGAUGAGUUGAAGAUCAGUUAUGAUUUGAGAGCAGAUGCAAUCCCAAUCAAAGCAGCCAAAGCUUCGAGAGAAAUUGCUAGUGAUUAUAAAUACAAACUGGAACACGAGAAGCAGAAAGGACAUUAUGUUGGAGUUCCAAAUGCAAAAGCAGAUACGAAAAUGCAGUUUGCCCUCGGCAUAGGCAAAGUUCAGAGUGAACUAGAAUACAAGAAACACUUUGCCAAAUGGAAGACACAAUGCCACCUACCAGCAGACAUGCUGUCUAUCCUAUCAGCUAAACAUGGCCAGUCUUUGGUCAGUGAUGUUGAUUACCGCCAUUACUUGCAUCAGUGGAUCUGUCUUCCAGAUCAGAAUGAUGUCAUACAGGCUAGGAAAGCCUACGAUCUUCAGAGUGAUGCUAUUUACAAAUCUGAUUUAGAAUGGCUACGGGGUAUUGGAUGGUUGCCAAAUGAUUCAGUUGGAAUCAACCAUGUUAAACAUGCUGGAGAUCUCCUGAAUGAGAGAAAGUACCGUACAAAAGUUGAAACUCUUCCAUUUACUCCAGUGGCGGACAGAGUAGAUUAUAUCACAGCAAAGAACAGUGGUGAAAUUCUCAGUGACAUUAAAUACCACAAAGCAUGGAAUGAGGUCAAGUCAAAUUAUACUCUAACAGAUACACCACAGCUAGAUAUGGCCCGAGAGGCAGCCAGAAUCCUUAAUCAGAGUUUAUACAAGGAAAGUUGGGAGAAAGAAAAAGCGACUGGUUACCUCUUACCUCCUGACACUGUGCAGAUCUCUCAUGCCAAACACUCAAAUGAUGUCCAAAGUGAGCUUAAAUACAAAGCUGAGUACGUCAAACAAAGAGGUCACUAUGUUGGAGUUGCCAGUAUGAGAGAUGAUCCCAAACUGGUGUGGUUUGAGCAUGCAGGCGAGAUCCAGAAUGACAGAUUGUACAAAUCAAACUAUCACAAAACGAAGUCCAAAAUUCACAUCCCUCCGGAUAUGAUGUCAGUUGUAGCAGCAAAGGAAUGUCAGACCUUGGUCAGCGAUAUUGACUACCGCCACUACCUGCAUGAAUGGACGUGCCAUCCUGACCAGAAUGACUGUAUUCAGGCAAGGAAGGCCUAUGAUCUGCAAAGUGAUAAUAUUUAUAAAUCUGAUUUGGAAUGGCUUCGUGGCUGUGGUUGGAUUCCUCUGGAUUCAGUGGAACAUAAGAAAGUUAAGAAUGCACAAGAACUGAUAAAUAAAAAAGCAUAUACAAAAGAAGCCCUUGAUAACUUUUCCAAUUAUACCAGUGUGGUUGACACUCCUGACAUUGUUCUGGCAAAGAUUAACUCUGUCAAUCAGAGUGAUCUAAAAUACAAAGAAACAUUUAACCUUGAGAAAGGCCAGUAUAUUGGGUCUGAUGAUACUCCUGCGCUGAACCAUGCCAAAGACAUGUCCUUAUUAUACAGUGAUAAACUCUAUAAAAAUGCUUGGGAAAUUAGCAAGCCCAUUGCCUAUACUUUGGAUGAGAAAUAUAUUCCCCUUGUUGGAGCAAAGCAUGCAAACUACAUAAACAGUGAGCUUAAAUAUAAGGAAAUAUAUGAGAAGCUGAAAGGUCAUUACCUGGCUGGGAAGGAUAUUGGUGAUUUCCCCAGUGUCAUUCAUUCGCUAGCAUUCCAGAAAAUAAGGAGCGCGUUGGCAUACAGGAAGAAUUACGAAGACACCAAAGCAAAUGUCCAUAUUCCAAGUGACAUGAUGAAUCACGUGCUAGCCAAGAAGUGCCAGUAUAUCCUCAGUGAUCUUGAAUACCGAACUUACUUCCAUCAGUGGAAUUGUUCACCUGAAGAAAAUGAUGUUGUUCAAGCCAGAAAAGCCCAGGAGAUUUUGAGUGAUGUGGUGUACAAAGAUGACUUAAAUUGGCUGAAGGGACUUGGAUGUUAUGUCUGGGAUACUCCACAAAUCCUGCAUGCUAAGAAAUCAUAUGACCUCCAGAGCCAAAUAAAAUAUACAGCUGCCGGAAAAGAGAACCUUCAGAACUUUGGUGUUGUUACUGACACACCUCUCUAUGUGACUGCAGUGCAGAGUGGUGUAAAUGCUAGUGAUGUGAAAUACAAGCAAGAUUACCACAAAACUAAGGACAAGUAUACAACUGUGACUGAAACAGUGGAUUCUGAAAGAGUUCAAAAUUUGAAACAUCUCUUUAGCAAUAAUCUCUACAAGGAAGCCUGGGAAAAAGUGAAAGCUACUGGCUAUAUAAUGCCCUCUGAUGCUGUAUCCCUAGCACGUGCAAAAGAACUGAAGCAUAAUGCUAGUACUGUAAAAUACCGAGAAGAAUAUGACAAGUUUAAAGCACUGUACACACUACCCAGAGGUGUUGAGGAUGAUCCCAAUACAGCAAGGUGCCUUAGAGUUGGAAAGCUUAAUAUUGAUCGUCUGUACAAGGAAGUCUAUGAAAAGAAUAAAGCCAAAGUCCACAUUAUUCCAGACAUGGUAGACAUAAUUUCUGCUAAGGAUGCACAGAAAAAAAUCAGUGAAAUUGAUUACCGCACACAUCUCCAUGAAUGGAUCUGUCUACCAGAUCUUCAAAUCAAUGCCCAUGUUCGAAAAGUAACCGAUCAAGUCAGUGAUGUGGUAUACAAGGAUGAUCUUAACUGGCUGAAAGGCAUUGGCUGCUUUGUUUGGGACACUCCUGAAAUUCUCCAUGCCAAACAUGCCUACGAUCUUCGCAGCGAUAUUAAGUACAAAUCUAAGGCAGAAAAAAUGAAGAAUGACUACACUGUGGUCAUGGACACUCCUGUCUAUGUCCAGAAUGUCCUCAGUGGCUUGAAUUUAAGUGAAGCUGUUUAUCGUGGUGAAUAUAUGCACAAUGUUAAAGGCAAAAUGAUUCCUACUGAUAAAACAGUAGAUUUGGAGCGGGCGUAUCACGCAAACAAAAUACAGAGUGAAAAUUUGUAUCGCUGGGCUGGUGUGAAAGCUCUGCCUACUGGAUACAGCCUUCCCACAGAUGCCCCCAGCUUUCAGCAUGCGAAACAUGUCCAAUACAUUGGCAGUGAUCUGAAAUAUAAAGAAGCCUAUGAACACAUGAAAGCUAAAGGCUAUACUCUGGGACCUAAAGAUGUUGGGUUUGAAAAUGUGAAGAAAGUGAAUCAAGUCAUUAAUGAGAGGUUGUAUCGGGCAACAUACCACAAGUACAAGGACAAGAUUCAUACCACUCCAGACACACCAGAAAUCCGUCAAGUCAGGGCAACGCAGGAGGCUGUCAGCGAUUUGAUCUACAAGUCAGAUUUCUUUAAGAUGCAGGGACACUUGAUUUCCUUGCCAUACACUCCUCAGGUGUUGCACUGCCGCCAUGUUGGGGACAUCACAAGUGAUAAUAAAUACAAAGAGGAUCUGAAGUGGUUGAAGGGCUUGGGUUGCUUCCUGUAUGAUACUCCUGAUAUGGUCCGUGCUCGUCAGCUGCGUAAGCUUUGGUCUAAUUAUAUAUACACUGAUACCGCAAAGAAGAUGUGGCCUAAAUAUAAUGUGGUAUUGGAUACUCCUGGAUACAGAGCGGUACAGGAACUAAAAACCCAUUUGAGUGAACUGGUUUACAGAGCUGCAGGCAAGGAGCUGAAGACAAAAUACACUUCCAUCCUCGAUACGCCUGACUUCUUAAGAGCCAAACAAGGACAAAAAAUACAAAGCCAGUACUUGUACGUGGAACUCGCCACAAAAGAGAGACCCCAUCAUCAUGCUGGUGGUCAGACUCCAGCCUUCACACAUGCUAGGCAUGUAAAGGACAUGGUCAGUGAGAAAAAGUAUAAAACCCAGUAUGAGAAGAUGAAGGACAAAUACACGCCUGUCCCUGACACACCAGUCUUGAUCAGAGCCAAGAGAGCAUACCUGAAUGCCAGUGAUUUGCGCUACAAAGAAACCUUUGAGAAUACUAAGGGCAAAUACCACACAGUGAAAGAUGCUUUGGAUAUUGUCUAUCAUCGAAAGGUCACCGAUGAUGUUAGCAGUGUGAAAUAUAAGGAAAAUUAUAUGAGCCAGUUAGGAAUCUGGAGAUCAAUCCCAGACCGUCCGGAGCAUUUCCAUCAUCGUGCGGUCACAGAUGCUAUUAGUGAUGUUAAAUACAAGGAAGACUUAUCAUGGCUCAGAGGCACUGGCUGUUAUGCAUGGGAUACUCCAAGUUUUGCUCUGGCAGAAAAGAAUAAGGUGCUCUACAGUGGGUGUAAGUACAAGGAGAUAUUUGAGAAGACUAAGUCUCAUUUUCAGUAUGUAGCUGACUCUCCACUUAACAAGCAUUUUAAACACGCAACUCAGUUGAUGGAUGGGAAAUUAUAUAAAGCUGCCUAUGAGAAGCUCAAAGAUAGGUACAGCGUUAUUGUGGAUGAUCCUAGGAACCUCCUGGCCAAGUGGGGGACUACACUGAGCAGCCAGGUUGAAUACAAAAAGGACUAUGAAAAGAAGAAAGACAAGUAUACUACAGUUGUGGAUACUCCAGAACAUUUAAGGACUACAAAAGUCAACAAACUGAUUAGUGAUAUUAUUUACAAGUUGGAAUAUAACAAAGCAAAGCCUAAAGGCUAUACUACAAUCCAUGAUACACCUAUGUUAUUGCAUGUGCGCAAGGUCAAGGACAGAAUAAGUGAUCUGAAAUACAAAGAAGUGUAUGAGAGGAAUAAAUCUCACUGCAAUGUCAUAGCAGAUUCAGUUCAUAUUAAGACUCCAAGGCAUGCUUACAAGCUAAACAGCAAUCUGGAUUAUAAGAAGAAAUAUGAAGCAGCCAAGGCUCAUUGGCACUGGAUUGCUGAUAGGCCUGACUUUGUUCAAGCAGCCAAGUCGUCUCUGCAACAGAGUGAUUAUGAAUACAAACUGGACCGGGAAUUCCUAAAGGGAUGCAAACUGUCUGUCACAGAUGAUAAAAACACAGUAUUGGCUUUAAAUAAUGCCAUCUUGGCAAGUGAUAUAAAAUACAAAGAGAAGCACAACAAAGCUCGAGGAACAUACCAUGUUGUUCCAGACACACCUCAGAUCCUCCUGGCUAAGAAUGUCAGCUCUCUUGUAUCUGAGAACAAAUACAAAGCACAUAGCAAGAAGCAGCUUCCACAUGGGUCUUAUACAACCCUGCCGGAGACACGAGACACUGCUCAUGUGAAAGAGGUGACCAAGAAUGUCAGUGAGACAAACUAUAAAAAGAAGUUUGUGAAGGAGAAAGGCAAGUCUAAUUAUUCUAUCAUGUUGGAGCCUCCUGAAGUGAAACAUGCCAUGGAAGUUGCUAAAAAACAGAGUACAAUUGAAUACAAGAAAGAUGCCAAGUCAAAGCUCCACUACACACCUAUAGCGGAUCGACCAGAUAUUAAGAAAGCAACUCAGGCUGCCAAGUUAAUUAGUGAUAUUGAAUAUAAAAAGCGUGGAGAAGCUGGCAUUGGUGUAACCAUGCUGGGACGUCCAGAUAUUGAACUGGCAAAGGAGGUGUCCAAGCUAACUAGUCAGGCAGAAUACCUCAAACAACAUAUGAGAGGGCAUGGAGCUGCAUCUUAUGAUACCCCAUGGAUGAGAACCUUUAAGAAAGCUAAUAUGCUAAGUAGUCAUGUGAAAUACAAAGAGAAUUUUUCCAAAGAGAUGGGUAAAAAGCCAAAGUAUGAUUUAAAGGAGGCUAAGAUCUACAAGACCAUGAAAGACGCCCACAACAUGGCUAGUGAGGUGAAAUACAAGGCAGAUUUAAAGAAACUUCAUAAGCCUGUCACAGACAUGUCUGAAUCGCUGAUCAUGAACCAUGUCCUGAGUACAAGCCAACUCGCCAGUGCUUACCAGUACAAGAAGCAGUAUGAGAAGAGUAAGGGUCACUACCAUGUGGUGCCAGAUAAUCUUGAACAGGUUCAUCUAAGGGAGGCAUCAGAACUACAGAGCCACGUGAAAUACAGAGAAAAGUAUGAGAAGGAAAAAGGAAAACCUAUGUUGGACUUUGAAACUCCAACAUACCUUACUGCAAAGGAAUCUCAGCUCAUGCAGAGUGAGAAAGAAUAUAAGAAGGACUUUGAAGAGUCCAUUAAAGGCAGAAACCUUACUGGCUUGGAGAUUACACCAUCCUUAUUACAUGUCAAAUAUGCAACCAAAAUAGCAAGCGAGAAAGAGUACAGGAGGGAUCUGGAGGAAGGUGUCAAAGGUAAAGGACUAACGGCUUUAGAAGAGACUCCAGACAUGUUAAGAGCGAAGAAUGCAACUCAAAUCCUGAACGAGAAAGAGUACAAAAAAGCCUUGGAAUUAGAAAUCAGAGGAAAAGGUCUGACAGAACUGGCUUUGGAGACACCAGACUUUGUGAGAGCAAAGAAUGCCACUGACAUUGCCAGCCAGAUCAAAUACAAACAGUUGGCGGAGAUGGAGAAAGCCAACUACACCAGUGUUGUCGAUACUCCAGAGAUUAUUCACGCCCAGCAGGUCAAGAACCUUUCGAGCCAGAAAAAGUAUAAGGAAGAUGCAGAAAGGACCAUGCCAUACUAUGUGCCUGUAGCAGACACACCAGAAAUGCAGAGAGUCCGUGAGAAUCAAAAGAACUUUAGCACACUUCAGUAUCAGUGGGACCUACAGAACAGUAAAGGAAAAGUUACGGUUGUACAAGACACACCAGAAAUGCUGCGUGUGAAAGAAAACCAGAAGAAUUUCAGCUCGAUUUUAUAUAAAGAAGAUAUUGGAACUGGAACUACUAUUGAAAAGACACCAGAGAUGCAGAGAGUUAAACGAACCCAGGAUGCAAUUAGCUCGAUUAAGUACAAGGAGAAUAUUGGAAAAGGCACUCCAAUUCCUGAUCUUCCAGAAGUGAAGCGUGUCAAGGAGACCCAGAAGCACAUCAGUUCGGUGUUGUACAAAGAGGACCUGGGCACAGGUAUCCCAACACCUGUCACUCCAGAGAUAGAGAGAGUCAAACGCAAUCAAGAACACAUUAGCUCGGUGUUAUACAAAGAGGGCUUAGGGACUGGCAUCCCAACACCGGUCACUCCAGAGAUGGAGAGAGUCAAACGCAAUCAAGAGAACAUUAGCUCGGUGUUGUACAAAGAGGGGCUGGGGAUUGGAACCCCAGUACCUGUCACUCCUGAGAUGGAGAGGGUCAAACGCAAUCAAGAAAACUUUAGCUCGGUGUUGUACAAAGAGGAUCUGGGGACAGGAACCCCAACACCUGUCACUCCUGAGAUUGAAAGAGUCAAACGCAAUCAAGAAAACUUUAGCUCGGUGUUGUACAAAGAGGAUCUGGGGACAGGAACCCCAACACCUGUCACUCCUGAGAUUGAAAGAGUUAAACGCAAUCAAGAACACAUUAGCUCGGUGUUGUACAAAGAGGAUCUGGGGACAGGAACCCCAAUACCUGUCACUCCUGAGGUUGAGAGAGUCAAACGCAAUCAAGAACACAUUAGCUCGGUGUUGUACAAAGAGAGCGUGGGGACUGGAACCCCCACUCCUAUCACUCCAGAGAUGGAGAGGGUCAAACGCAAUCAAGAAAUCUGUAGCUCGGUGUUGUAUAAAGAAGACAUAGGGAAAGCAACCCCAACACCUGUCACUCCUGAGAUGGAAAGAGUCAAACGCAAUCAAGAAAUCAUUAGCUCGGUUUUGUACAAAGAAAAUGUGGGGAAAGUGACCCCAACACCUGUCACUCCAGAGAUGGAGCGAGUCAAACGCAAUCAAGAAAUCAUUAGCUCGGUGUUGUACAAAGAAAACUUGGGGCGAGCAACCCCCACACCUAUCACUCCAGAGAUGGAGAGAGUCAAACGCAAUCAAGAACACAUUAGCUCGGUUGUAUACAAAGAAGGCUUAGGGAAGGCAACCCCCACACCGGUCACUCCAGAGAUGGAGAGAGUCAAACGCAAUCAAGAACACAUUAGCUCGGUUUUGUACAAAGAACACCUGGCAAAAGGAACUCCAACACCAAUGACUCCAGAGAUGGAGAGAGCUAAACGCAAUCAAGAAAACAUCAGCUCGGUUCUUUAUUCAGAUAGUUUCAGAAAACAAGUACAAGGCAAAGCUGCAUAUGUACUGGAUACACCUGAAAUGCGGCGUGUCCGAGAGACCCAGAAACACAUCUCUACAGUGAAAUACCAUGAAGAUUUUGAGAAAACCAAAGGUAGUUUCACACCUGUAGUUACCGACCCCAUUACAGAACGUGUGAAAAAGAACAUGCAGGACUUCAGUGACAUCAGCUACAGGGGCAUUCAAAGGCGAGUAGUGGAAAUGGAGCGAAAGCGCGUGGACCAGGAUCAAGAGAAUCUCACAGGUCUUCGUGUGUGGCGCACUAAUCCCGGGUCAGUCUUUGACUACGACCCAGCAGAAGACAAUAUCCAGUCCAGAAGCUUACAUAUGAUCUCUGUCCAAGCCCAGCGCCGCAGCCGGGAGCACUCCCGCUCUGCCAGCGCCUUGAGCCUCAGUGGUGGCGAUGAGAAAUCCGAACCCUCGGACGGUGUGGACCAACACUUGUCCUACUACAGCAAUGGGGGCUUCUUCACCACAACUGCAACAGUGGGCUACAAACAUGCUAAAACCAUAGAGCUACCCCAACAGCGGUCAUCAUCAGUGGCCACCCAGCAAACAACAGUGUCAUCGGUUCCUUCUCACCCAUCUACUGCUGGCAAGACAUACCGGGCCAUGUACGACUAUAUGGCAGCUGAUGCUGAUGAGGUUUCCUUCAAAGACGGUGACACAAUUGUAAACGUACAAGCAAUUGAUGAAGGCUGGAUGUAUGGGACUGUCCAGAGAACCGGCAAGACCGGCAUGCUGCCAGCCAACUACGUAGAAGCUGUUUAAACCAAACCACGCCCUUCCCCAACACGUAUCUGCACAGGAGAGACACUGGCACUUCUCCACAUGUACACCUUAGAACAGCCUGUAAUACUUUUUCCAAAGUGCCUUGUUGUCUUCCAUGCUGAUAGUGCCUUCUGAACCAUGAUGUCAAACAGAAAAAAGUAACUGCAGAGCAAAAUACUCUUGAAACAGCCUUUCCAAACAUUUUUGAAAACCACCUGUAAACACACACUAGGCAUUGCUCACAAAAACUGCAUUUCUUCCCAAUGUCAAAAAAAGGGUUGGUUUUUUUUUUUUUAUUUAGAAGUCCAGUGCCUGGGCUUUCAAACACUCCAGUGCUACACUCCACCCCACAGCAGUUUAACUAGUUCAGUGUCUCUGAACUUCUGUCCACGUACUUCAGACUAAGAGUACCACCUAUCACUUUAUUCAUUCUCCCAUAACAACAGUAUUUUUCUGGACUAUUCUAAACGUUUGAAUAUAUUAAUUUCUUCUCCAUAUAAGCAACAUUUAAGCUUAGUAUCUCAAACCAACGUUUAGCUGGGGGCACAAAAGCCUCUCCUGCUUGCUGAGCUCUUGUGCAUGUGUUUUUCAUGCAACUGUUCUGGGGUCAAAAGCUGUUAAUUGUAAAUUAGUGACUAAAUAAAGCUGAUGUUUCUGCAGUA